CCAAUUCCAACAUAUUUCCACUGCACCAUCACCAAUUAGCAUGUAGCCACCAUGGCUACCACCCAACAGGAGUUGUUAGGCGUCACUGAGUCUGCGCUACUGCCUCCGUCCGUCUUCCUUGACCUUCCCCCAACAACCGAUGGUGACUCAGCCACAGGAAGACCUGGCCCUGGAACACAUCUCGCGCAUGCUCAUGGAGGAUGACAUUGUCGACAAGUUCACCUACCAAUACCCCGAUCACCCGAAGCUCCUGCAGGCCGAGCAACCCUUCGCCCAGAUCCUCUCUGCUGCUGCCACCAGCUCAUUCGAUGCCAAGGAGUUAUCGGCACCAGAUGCACUUGCCUCUGCCUUGCUGCCCAGCAAGGUACAGGAUCCAGCCUUCUUCUCAAGUGGCACGGUGGAGCUCAGCAGUACCGUGUUUCCCAUCGAGAGCAGCACCGGCAUGAACAUUUUAAACAACAUGUCCAGCAUGGCAUUCUUCAAAGGCAUGGAGGAGGCCAAAAUGUUCUUGCCCAGAAACAAUGUGAUGGUGGAUAGUAGGGGGUGUGAGAACAAGUUUCAAAUUGAUGGUGAGAGGGAGCCAGCCAUGGGCAGGGGCAGCAAGCAAAUAGCGGCGCCGGUGCAUACUGACUCCGAGGAGGAGGACGAGCUCAAGAAGAGAUUGGACCGGCUUAUCCUCAAAGGCUAUGACAGGUACCCUGGUGAGAUGCAGGAGGUACUAAUCACUUCAGACAAGGAGAACAAGGCGGCACGGAAGAGCAUUCGCAUGCGUGGGAGGCACGGUGCGAUGCAGGCGGUGGUGACUCAUCUAGACACGCUGCUGAUCCGCUGUGCGGAAGCAGUGGCCAGUAAUGACCUGCGCAGCGCAAGCGAGGUGCUAGAGCAGAUCAAGCGGUACUCAUCUCCGACGGGGGACGCUAGGCAGCGGCUGGCAUAUUACUUCUCCCAGGGGCUGGAGUCAAGGCUGGCCGGCACGGGGAGUCAAUUCUACCGUUCGCUCAUUAGGACACGCGCCUCCACUGUGGAGCUUGUUAAGGCCUACCAUCUGUACGAUGCCACCUUCUGCUUCCUGAAGGUUGCAUUUCUCUUUUCCAACAAGACCAUCUACAAAGCCGUUGCAGGGAGGAAGAAACUGCACAUUGUGCACUACGGCAUCAACCUCGGGUUGCAGUGGCCAGACUUGAUCCAGUGGUUGGUGGACAGGGAGGACGGGCCACCAGUGGUAAGGAUGACCAGCAUCAACAUGCCUCAGCCUGGGUUUAGCCCAUAUGAACAAAUCGAGGAGGCUGGGCACCGGCUCAGCAACUAUGCAAGUAAGUUUGGCGUGUCAAUCAAGUUCCAAGCGAUCGCAGGCACGCCAGAGGCUGUUCGGGCUGAGGAUCUCCAUAUCGAUCCCGAUGAGGUGCUUGUGGUGAAUAGUCUAUUCCAGUUCAAGACCUGGAUGGACGAGAGCCUCAAAUUUGAUAGUGUAAGCCCAAGGGACAUGGUGCUCGCCACUAUCAGGAGGAUGAAGCCACCUGUGUUCGUACACGCCGUCAUCAAUGGAUCAUACAGUGCAGCAUUCUUAAUGACACGGUUCCGCCAAGCAUUGUACUCCUUCACAGCGUUGUUCAACAUGAUGGAGACCAUGGUGCCACGAGACAACAAGCAGAGGCUGCAGGUGGAGCGGGACUUUUUUGCACGGUCUGCCAUUAACAUGAUCGCUUGCGAAGGUGCAGACAGGGUGGAGCGCCCUCAGUACUACAAGGAGUGGCAGAUGCGGAACCACCGGGCAGGGCUGAGGCAGUUGCCAUUGGACUCUGAUAUUGUUCUGAUGCUCAAGGACAAAGUGAAGAAUCAGAACCACAGACAUCUUAUGAUCAACGAGGAACACCGGUGGCUUCUGCAGGGGUGGAAAGGCCGCGUGCUGUAUGCCCUCUCGACAUGGGUAGCUAAUGAUGCAAGCAGUUCUGAAGUGACAUAGAUUCAUGUACCAGAUGCUUCGGCACAUUUGGUCUGCUAUUGUGAACUAUGGUCCAGAACUUUUUAUGGAGCUGAUUGGUCCACCAGUAAAGUUGCAUGCUGAAUUUGGAACUCUUUUAUGUUACCUAAUGAAAAUCUACUGGGGCAACUUGCACAAGGGUGUACAUAUCAAGAAUAAAGUCUCGCAUAUCAUUAGCCUUU